UAAGCAGGAGUCCUACUAUUGAGAGAAGGCAGAAACUCUGAUGCAUAAAGCCUCGUAGUGGACAAGAACUCAGUUCCAUCAGAGGCCUCCUUGGCUGCUGAAGGAGGCCUCCCACUCUAGACCUGAAAAGUAGCCAGCAGAGCUGUCAGUCCGUGCUUCCAAACAAGCAACGCAGCUCUUUUAUCUAGGAGUAUGGUGAUCCCUGAAGGGCGUUGGCCUGUGUUCCUGUACUUUGUGGGAGGAGAGAGUCUACUGCUUUUAGCAGAACUUGGGCAGAACAAAAGCAAAGGCCAUUGUGUUUGCAGGGAGUUCAGUGUGAUUACCUUGCUGGGACUCCUGCUGCUAUUGGAGUUAUGGACACAAAGUAAAUUGCUGCCCAUCGGAUUGAUGAACACACACCUGUGUUGUUCUGAAGACCUGUAUCUCUGGCAAUGCUAUCCUCCUCCCACCACCAGGAUUUUUCCACCUGUAAAAUGAGAAUAAGGAAGAGCACUAGUUCUCCUGGAAAUGUUACAGACCCCCUGAGACAGCACACUGCAACCUCCCCUCAGGAUUUCCAGUGUUCUCCUGCAGCAUCUGAAACUUCCUCCUUAUGUGUGCCAGUCCCUGAGUAGCCACUGUUGGAAAAUGUUGCUCUAAACAUAUGCAGGUGAGGUGGAGUGUGUUGUGCUGCCCGGCAGCAAGCUGCUGCAAGCUGUGUUAAAAGGCAGGCUCCUGGGAUCUAACAAUGCCCAGGCUAAAAGUCUCUUUCUUGACCUGUCUGUCCUUUAGGUUGUGGUCUCUAGUAAUUAUGUGAUGUAGAGGUAUGUUAGAAAAAUCUACCCUGAGUUCAGAAGUGGGGCCGCAGCUAAGGAAAUAAAAUGCCAGGGGCUUCUGGGGUUAAACGAGAGGGAGAAUGUUUGAUCUAUUAGCAUUUGCUAGGGUGUGGGAAUAAGCUGCUGUGGGGAAACCAGCUUCAUGUGCCACUUUUGUUUGCCAUUAUAGGCAGGUAAAGAGUUUGCCACGUGAAAUGUCUCUGCUAGUUAGGGGGAACUGAAGAAAAUUUAGGAAUUAAUAUGCAUCUCUGAAUUAUUACAGCUUGACAACAAACUUUGUAAAAUCCUGUAAUUUCCUUAGCUCGCUUAUUGCACUGGAGUUUAGUCUUAGACCAGUCAUGGUAGGGGCCUGGAGGAAAAGAGAAAAUGGUGCUUGAGGCACACGGAUCCAUGGUCUAGCCACACUGGGUCUGAAGUAGCCUUUCUCAGUCCGCUUCCCUGAGUAUCCUCUGUGGUGUAGGGAGCUGUGAGAGGUGCUUGGCUGGUUUCUUCCAGGUGCGCUGUACUUGCAGGCCAGCCAUGGGUGUGCUCUGGAGUGUAAACCUGAGGAGCUCAGAAAAGCAUGGAUCAGGGGUGCAGCCAGGUCUUUGGUGAGUGGAAGAAGAUUUUGAUUCCACAAGAAUCUUCAGAACCUUUCUAGAGAAAGUAGUGUCUUCUGAGAUGUGAUGAACUUGAUGUUUCUUUGCAUAUGAGAUCUGUUGGUUGUUUUUUUUUGUCAAUGGUACUAGCCACGCUCGUUUCUGUAUUGUGCCAUUUGCAGUUCAUCUGUUUUGUUUACUGCAAAAACUCAGCUUACAACACUUCCUUGCUCUUGGCUCCCAAAUCUGCAUUUGCAACCACUCUUGUACAUGGCUACAGACUGCUUCCUUUUGCUUCUGCCCCAAGAAUGCUACCUGGUGAGUGCUUCUGUCCUUGUCUGUGUACACAGUACCCAGAUGAUAGCUGCAGCUUUGUAUCUGAGCUCUUGGCUUGUGUGCAGUCAGUGCUUUGAGUGACGUGUGCCAUCAAACUGAUUGCUCAAAGGGAUGUUUCUGAAUGAGGUGCCCAUCUUCUAGCCUCUACUGGAUCUUAAGGUGAUGGUGGCUAUUAGCAUAUUGCAGCAUAGUGAUGUAUUAAAUGCACUUGAGAAUCGGAACACUCCUCAUUUUCUGGGAUCAGAAAGUGUGGUAGGAAAGAAGGGAGGAGAAAAAUUCUGAAAGCUUAAACGUGACAGGGAAGAGUUGAGAAGAACAAUAUAGAGUCAUUUCAACAGACAGAUUCAUAGCAGUUUUCUCAGCCAUAGAGUAGUUUGGAGGUGUGAAGUGAUGAUAAGCCUGAUUCUUAUUUCCCUCAUUUUGUUUCUUCUGGGUGCGCAGUUCCUGAAAUUGCAAUGGAAAAGUCGUGGAUUUCCUCCUGGACCAACCCCAUUUCCCAUCAUUGGAAGCCUGUGGCGGAUAAAUUUUAGAGCUGAUCAUGGGAACCUGAAAAAGCUGGCAAAACUCUAUGGCAACAUCUGUACCCUGUGGCUGGGUCACAAACCUAUGGUGGUGCUGUAUGGAUUCCAGGCUGUGAAAGAUGGUCUCACCACCAACUCAGAGGAUGUUUCCGGGCGUUUACAGACGUAUGUCUUCAACAAAAUGGCAAAUGGAAAGGGUAUCCUGGUGUCAAAUGGUCUCAUUUGGAAACAUCAGAGACAUUUUGGAAUUGGAGCUCUCCGAAAACUGGGAAUGGGGAAUAAAGGAAUGGAGCGCGGGAUACAAACCGAGGCCCAUUGUCUGGUCGAGUUCUUCAGGGACAAAGAUGGGAGAGCCGUUGACCCUUCCUUCCCUGUUGUUCACGCUGUCUCUAAUGUGAUCUGUGCUGUGGUUUUUGGACAUCGUUUCUCCCAAGAGGAUGAAACCUUCCGCCAGCUGAUUGAAGCAUACAAUUGUAUAGUGGCUUUUGGGAACAGCUACCUCUACUAUAUGUGUGAAGUUUUCCCAUGGGCUGCAGAGCACCUCCCAGGCCCUAUAAAGAAAGCAUUGUUUUCCUGUGAUUUCGUUCGUUCUUUCAUAAGACAGGAAAUCAAAAGACACAGGGAAAGAGGCACAAUAGAUGAACCAGAAGAUUUCAUUGACUUUUACCUGGAACAGAUAGAGAAAACUAAAAAUAUCCCUAAUUCUACAUUUGAUGAAGACAAUAUGGUGCAGUCUGUUUUUGACCUUUUCCUGGGUGGCUCAGAGACCACCGCCACCACUCUGCGUUGGGCUCUGCUCUAUAUGGUGGCUUAUCCCGAAAUCCAAGAAAAAGUCCAGAAAGAGCUAGAUGCAGUUCUGAGUCCCUCCCAUCUAAUCUGCUAUGAGGAUCGGAAGAAACUGCCUUACACUAAUGCUGUGAUUCAUGAGAUCAUGCGCUUUGGUAGCAUUGUUUUAAUCACAAUUCCCAGAGAAGCAGUGAGGGAUACAACUGUUUUGGGGUAUCGGCUUCCAAAGGGCACUAUGAUUAUGGCAAACAUAGACUCAGCCCUCUUUGACCCUGAAUACUGGGAGACCCCUCACCAGUUCAACCCUGGUCAUUUCUUGGACAAAGAUGGAAAUUUUGUGCUCCGAGAGGCCUUCUUAGCCUUCUCAGCAGGCCACCGUAUAUGUCUGGGAGAGGUGCUGGCAAAGAUGGAGCUUUUCAUCAUCUUCUGCAGCCUGUUGCAGACAUUCAAGUUCACUCUACCUGAAGGAGUUAAGGAAGUCAACACAGAAGUUGUCUUUGGGAGCACAAUGAAACCCCAUCCAUACAAGCUCUGUGCAGUUCUUCGCUAGGUUGCAGGGUAGUACAGAUUUGAGAAAGAGGCAUUGCCACAUGUUUGCCGGUGUGCUGAUCCUUUGUGCAGCUUUUCUGUUUUUCAUUUCUAGCUCAAAUUCAGUGUGAAUCUAUCCUUGUUGUGUUAUAUGUCUAAGAAGCUGGCCCUGAAAAAUACUACAGUU